AUGGCAACGAUCGAAGAACUAACAGGGCUAAUAGCCGGUCUUUCAAGUGUUGUAAAAGGGCUGACAACAAAUGUCGCAGAAAUAUCAACGCAAGUGGGUCAACUCACAAAUGCAGGAAUUUCAGGAAAUGACACUCAAGCUACAUCGAAUCUCAAGUUACCGACGUUACAACUACCAGAGUUCAGGCGAGACAAGUUAGUUCAGGAUGAUGUCAACGAUUCUAUCGAAAGAUUUGGCGAGCAAACAAAUCAUUUAUCGCAUAACUUACGAUUAACACUUCUCGAACAGCAAUGCGUAGGCAAAUGGACGCGUUCAGUUCUGUCUAUUUGUCGUUUUAGCGAGGGAUUUUCUGAAAAAUCAGCCGCUGAGCAAUAUGGUCUCUGUACAAGCCGGUUACGAGAGGAAUUUGAGGAACCAAAACAGGACAAAUGUCGUCGACUAGCAAGCAAACUUAGU